CGAAAAUGGCGGUCACCAAGCUAUGACUACUAGUAGAUCUACAACACGAUUAUACGUCGAUUCAGUCGAUUAUCUGUCGACCUCUGCCACCGAAAUGCCAUACGAAGAAGUGCCCCUCAGUAAUCUUAAAUCGAACGGUUACAAGAAGCUCCGAAACAAGGCGAAUUUGCGGGCAAGUCCUGAAGACGAACCGGGAUACGGAUCGACCGACGAUGCUCCGUUAAUGGUAGACGAGGUUGAUGAUGAUUUUGACGAUGAUCGUGGUCUCUCCGAGGGCUAUCAGUCGUCAGAUAGUGGAGAUAAGGACAGGAGAAAAGGUAAAAAUAAACGGAAGAAAGAGGGGUGCUGUAAGCGUUGUUGGAAGUUCUGCUGUUGCUGUGGGUUUUUGUCGUCUUUUCGAAGGUAAGAAAGCUAAAUCGUUUUACAAAUUUUCUUGCUGAGAGGUCAUGUAGACGCGUCGUAAAUAAUGCAAAUUGAAAAGGUACAUGGACUGAUCUCAUUGUUAAAACUUCACACUAAAAAUUCAUGUAAAAUUUGUUCGUCGCAUUUGUUAAUUUUUUAUCACGGGCUCACAUAAAUUUUAAACUGACAUGCAGCUGUACAGGACAUGUCGUAACGUACACCUUUGUACAUACAGGUGUCCUUUUUAUUUGUCGCCAUUUUUCACAUUAUUUUUCAGCCAAUAUCUUUCUAUUUUAUCAUAAUAAGAUUUUUUUAUCAGGAUAUGAUCUGUUCUAAUCUCUAUUGGGUUAUUAAGGCUAGAAGUUAAAGGAUUGAUCGAUCUGCUUUUUUUUAUUUAAUAACUAAAGACGAAAUAAUCUGAUCACUUUCUUCACUGUUUUCAAGCUGUAAAAAAAAAGAAAUACAGAGAGGCCUUAGUACUAAUUAGUGCUAUAGUAUUACAAAUUAUUACCCUAGGCAUGGCGUCUUAAUCCUUUACACCCUAACAUCAGUAUUCAUAUUCUCAACACUGUUCUCUAUUCAUUUCUUAUGGAACUGACAAGGAGAAUUUGGUUAAUAAUCAAGAGCCCCACCAGUUGAUGAUUAUUUCCUUUAUCCUUAUGACCUUUGCAUUUGGAUAAGGGGUGAUUACUGUAAGGACAAAUUAGAAGGGAGACACUCCAAGGGGUGAAACAUGAUGAGACACAGUCAUUGACCAAAGAGAGGGUAAACAUCCAUUUCUAAGUGAUUACAAUUUAAAUUUUUAUCACAGUUACUGUGGGGUUUAGCUUUUAAACAUUGCAGUUUUUUAACAGUGUGUAUUUUUUCAAAGUUGUUUUGACAGUCUGAUGGGAAAAAUUGAAAUGAAGCCAAGGACGGUUGUUUUAGGAAGAGAGGUAGAGUACACACUUAAAUUUUAUCACAGAAUUAUUAGCAUGUGAUUUUACAACUUUCCCUUAAAAAUGAUUUAAACUUUUUUAUGUUGGAGUAAACAGGCAGUGGCUAGACAAACAAUAGUGAGAGGUCCUAUAGGCUGUGGCAGACCACUGGUGACCAGUUUUUAUUGAAACUUCUGAGCCUAUGCUUCGUCUCAGUUUAUAUUUUUGUUGUGGUUAAAAUUUAUAGGGGCUAAUAUCAAAUGAUAUGAAAAAUAUUUGAACUACUUUUUAUUUUAGAGUGUAACCGUCAAAUUCAUAGAAGUGAUCAAUGUCUGCGUAGUUCUCCCUAUAAUAUCCAUACAUAAUCCACCAAGCUGGUUAUGAGAAUACUCAAACAUAUCAGGAAGAAGUUAUAAUCUUGAUCAAAGGCCAAAUUAUUCUUUAGUAUAUAAUCAGCUAGAAAAUGUGUAGCAGCUAGACAGGAGAAUAAGUAAUCAGAGUUUGGGAGUUUAAGGGUUAAUGAUGCCAAUAAGACAUUGUUACAAAAAACGCGAAGACCAGUGGAAGUAGUGUGAGUUAUUGGCUGAAUCAUGAAUCCCUCUGUAAAACGUUUUUCAAUUAAGAAGUCCCAGUUGUCAACCUUAGUUCAUUGGUUAGCUAAUUUUAAUAUGUGCUUGUGUUUAUUUUUCAGUCUGCAACUCAGAAGUUCCCUCGUAAUGUCAUUUGUAAUCAGAAAUACAAUAUCAUAACUUUCAUUCCUCUGGUUAGUAUAAUUAUUAAAUAAUUGUUAUUAGGGGUGAAGUACAUUUACAUGUAGAAUCUAUUAUCACCUAUACAUUAUUGUCCCUCAAGUAAUCUUAGCAUUACUUGUUGAUAAAUUGACAAUGAAUUUUUUCAAGCUAGUGUUAUCCUCUCUCAUAAAUUUCAAUAAUAACAGUUUUUGCUGGAAAAAAUGAUAAUCUCUUCAUAUGUGUGCAAGCAUACUGACAAUGAGAUGAGUUUGGAGUUUGGCAGUGGACAUUCCACAAGGUGGCUUUUCUUGUCCACUGUUUCCAGGUCGAAUUAGAAUUUGAAAUGUUGGUUUUUGUGGGGAGGAAAACUGGAGGGCUGUGAGAAAAACUCAUGGAGCAUGGAGGAGAACCAAAAACAAACUCAACCCACAUGUGACACCGGGUCUGGGAAUCAAACCUGGACCACGCCUCACCCCCCACUGGUGGGAAGUGAGGGUCCUCAUUAUUGUGCCAUACCUGCCUUGAUUUGUUAAGCAAUCUGCAAUAGAAAGACUUGUCUUUUUGUGACUUGUCAAUGAAUGUGUAAGCAGCAUUUCAGAAACCAAGGUUUGCAAAUGUCUAUACAAUCCAUGUUUGUUGGUAACAGAGAUGAUUUCUUGACAGUUAUCCUUCUUUCAAUAAUGAUAAACUGUGUUAAAUUAUGUAUAAGCAGCUAAUUACUUAAGGUACUGUAGGCGGCAAGGAUGGAACUUUUUCUACUGCUCUGCUAUUUGAUCAAAAAUAAAAUGUUUAUUAAUUUUCAGACCUUAUACAACCAGUUCAAGUUUUUCCUGAACUUGUACUUUCUUAUGGUAGCCUCUACUCAGUUUUUUCCUGUACUGCGGAUUGGUUAUCUGUAUACAUACUGGGCUCCACUGGUAAGUCUAUAAUUUACAAUGGACUUAUAAUUUUGUUAGUAUGCAUGAAUCACAUCAAAUUUGAAAAAUGAUUUGAAUAGACUGAGAUAGAAUCUUAAAAUUAAAUUAAAAUUAAAGCAAGUCAAAAGCUUCACUCAGUGCAGAAGAACCACAUAAUGUUAAACUGGAAAUUGUAAUGGUCAUGAUUGAUUGGUAACAGGACUUUUUGUUCAAUGUCCAAUUCUGUUGGUAAUCAUACUCGUGAUUGGCAAAUCGGACUCUCACUUAGUGGUCGUCCGAUUUUGUUAAUCACUUGUAUGAUUACAGACCAAAUUGGACUCCACUCAGUCCUAUUACCACUAUGUAUUAAGUAAAUAAAAUACACCAGUCCAAGUGUUUCACUGAUUACACCAGAAUACAGAGAAUGUUGCAUUUCUAUUAAAUGUUGGCUAUUCACUUACUGUUUAACCACCCCACUCCCAAGAGUGACUUAAGAGGAAUUUCUCCAUACAAUUUCCAUUAAUUUUGAAGGAGAUGAGAAGUAAGCUAGAUAUCAACAAAAGGGAUAUUAUUCGAUUCAUUACUGAAUUCUCAAAAUGAUGGUUAUGGAAAAUCUAUGACAGGAAGUAGGGAGAUCUGAUCUAUAGAUCCUGUAAGGAAGAGGGUUAAGGAACACUAAAUAACCUAUGUAUUGAGAAAGUAUCAGUUUACCCGUCAGAAACUAUGUUAGUUCUAGAAAUAAAGUGAGUAGUGUCAAUCAUGCCCAGCACAAAGUUUUGCCAUUUAUACAGUGUAAGAAUGGGUCUUUGAUCUGUGGCUGCAGUUAUACAUGUUGGUGAUUGUUGAGUCAGUCUAGACUUCAAAAAUGUCGUUCGGAAUGAAUAAGUAAUGAGAGAGAACAAUAGCCUGAAUAUAUGAAUACUUAACAACCUCAAUUUUUGAGGUUCACAUUUAAUCCGCUAUAGAGUUGUAAUGUUGAAAUUUUUUAUGGUUACUGAUAAAUGGAAAGCAUUUUGAGUUCAUCUAGCAACUUUAUUUCAAUCAAUUUUUCUGCAGGGUUUUGUUGUGUUUGUGACAAUGUGUCGUGAGGCGUAUGAUGACUUUGUUAGAUUCAGAAGAGACAGAGAGGUCAAUUCACAAAAAUAUAAGAAACUCACUAAGAAAGGUUAGUUAUGUCUAGAAGAGGCUGUUUGCAAAAUUUUAAUAUUUGUGAAAUGUAAACUUUUAGUGGCUCAUCAAUUGUGUGCGUCACAUAGUAUUACUUGUACUUUGCCUGCAGAGUUAAGGUAAGUACAUGCCUUUAGAAAAAUAAUUUUUUUAUCAUGGUUGUUUGUUCCUUUUCUAAAUUUCAUGAAUCCAUUACAUAUUUUGUGAAAACUAAGAUGAUAAAUAUAUCAAAAACAUGAAGCAAACAAAAAAAGAGAGAGCACUGAAUUUCUGAUCCAAGCAGUAACAAGCAGUCUGACCUGCUGCAUACCAGCCAGAUUUAUCAUGGUUUGCCUUAAGAUUAAUUUCACUCUAGGGUUAGUGAACAGCCACCCUUCCAGCUGGCCUCUUGGCAGUUGGGGUUUGUUUGUUACGAAAAGUAGCAUUGAUGGAACAAUUAGUGUACUGCGUAUCUAUAAUUAAACUUAAAAAAACUUUUUAUCACUGUUAUUUCAGUAGCUUUUUAAAUUGAUUUUUUUAAAAAACAGGUGUUGUUACCAUUCCAAGCUCAGUCAUUAAGGUAUCAGACCUUAUCAUAGUCGAGAAGGUAUGUACUCAACUGUUGAUAAUAUGAGAAUAUUCUAAGAUGUAUUACCAUUUUUUGAAUAACGAGUAGAGCUGUCGAUAAGAGGACAGCCAAAUCUGCAGACAAGAGCCAGCCCCACCCCCUAGCAAAACACAUGAAGAAAUGACUUAAACUCCUGUUGUUACAGACUCUUGCUAUUACAGAAAUGCUGACACUUUCAUGCCACCCCUCCUCCCCCAGUGCAUUAUUUCACUUGUAUUUCUCGCACUAUAGCCAACACUGAAUUGUUUUGUCCAAAAUCCUGACUCACAUAAUAUAAAGUGACAUUAGGAUAAAGAAAAAUUAAAGAAACCAUUCUUCAAUUGGGUGUGAACAUGAGCAUUUCCUGCUUGGGGCUAGAUCUGUUUCUGGUCUGUAAGACCAUGUUAGAAACUUUGUUGGUUAGUUACAUUUUAUUUCAUAUAUUUAGAGGCAAGACAACUUAUUUUUCUCUUGUACCCUGCUAUUACAGACUUCCACUAUUAUGGACACUAAAUUUCCCUGUGAGGCAGGGCGUGAAAUUGCACCCAAUACAGGCACCAAUGCGACUAAAUUUUUCACUUUGGCGACCAAAUCCUGAAAAUUAGUUGCCAAAUUGGUGACUAGAAUGCUUCAUCAUAACCUUACUUAGAGAUAAAGUUAAUUAAAUUGGACAUCCUAGUGUCCAAUUUGUAGCAUGUUAAAGAUCUUUUUCCUAACUUAAUUUUGGAGGGUCUAUCUAUAACACUGACAGCAUUAUAAAAAGGUUUUAUUUGUCUUUAAAUAUGGCGACCAACUUUUUUUUAAUUGGCUACCACUUUGCAAAAUUUAGGAGCCAAGUGGCUAUCAGAAAAAAUAAUUAAUUUCAUACCCUGUGAGGAUGUCUGCAAUAACAGGAGUUGACUGUACUGUGCCUUCUUUAGCUAGCCACUUUAGCCAGCCACUUUAGCUAGCCACUUUAGCUAGCCACUUUAGCUAGCCACUUUAGCUAGCCACUUUAGCUAGCCACUUUAGCUAGCCACUUUAGCUAGCCACUUUAGCUAGCCACUUUAGCUAGCCACUUUAGCUAGCCACUUUAGCUAGCCACUUUAGCUAGCCACUUUAGCUAGCCACUUUAGCUAGCCACUUUAGCUAGCCACUUUAGCUAGCCACUUUAGCUAGCCACUUUAGCUAGCCACUUUAGCUAGCCACUUUAGCUAGCCACUUUAGCUAGCCACUUUAGCUAGCCACUUUAGCUAGCCACUUUCAUUUCACUUAACCACGAGGAACCAAAUGUACAAUUCCUGAAAUACCAUUAAAGAACAAUUGUCUUUUUAAUUUAAUGAUCUGGGCUCCUCAGUGUGAUGGGAGGAAACAACAUUUUGUCCACAAUAAUCUGGCUGUCCAUUGUGUUGUAUUUGCCUUCUACUUUCAAACUUGUUGACAGCCUAGAAUGAGUAUGUGUAUUUCCUAUUUUUAACCACUCUUCACAACAGUUGAUGUAAAAAUUGUGUGGGAAGUUCAAAGGUUAUUAGCCCUGUCAAAUCCUCUGCCUUUUUCUUCUCACACAGGAUCAAAGAGUUCCUGCUGACAUGGUGUUUCUUAGAACUUCAGAAAAGAAUGGUAAAAGGUUUUAAUUAUAAUAACUGUGGUUAUUAAUAGUAAAAAAGGUCUUAGUGUAAAUUUCAUACAUAUCACUUAAGCAUGGUGCAGUAUUUUGAAGUCUUUUCUGUAAGAAGGCUUGUCUCUAUUUUGUCAUUUUGACUGAACAGUGCUGGGCCUGCACCUCAAAACCCUGUCAGAAGGCCUGGGGGUAUCCAACAUAUGAUGAUUUGAAAUUUUGUUUUUUGAUUCCAGGAGCUUGUUUUCUAAGAACAGACCAAAUGGAUGGGGAAACUGACUGGAAGCUGCGUUUGACUGUAGAACCAUGUCAGCGACUGCCUAGUGAUGCUGUGAGUGUUUAAGGCCUAUUUGCCACAGUGAUUUUGUUAAAAAGCAGGUGUCUGUUACCCCUGCUCCCCCCCCUUCCUUUAGUUCCUUCUUUUUCCUCAGUGCACAUUGUGCAAUAUCUGGUGUUUGGAUGCAUGGCUGAACUGCAUAUGCAAAAAUAUACAUUGUCUCAAUAUUUUUUAGGAUAACCCAUGAUGUCUUUUAUUUUCUUGUAGGAUUUGCUGAAUAUCAGUGCCUCUGUUUAUGCAGAGAAACCUCAGAAGGACAUUCACAGUUUUGUUGGAACCUUUACAAGGGUGAGUUAACUUUUCAGUGGUCCCAGCUAAAGAAAAUUCCCUGUGUCAGUGCCAAUUAGCCUGUUUGGUAAUAGCAUUAACAUAAGUAUUUUUUAUUUCUUCACAGUAUGAUGGAGAGAGGAAUGAAACUCCCCUGAGUAUCGAGAAUACCAUGUGGGCCAACACUGUGAUUGCAUCAGGUACUUGAGAAUAUUGUUAUCAGUUAUCUGCACAGGGUGUCUUUACUUGUAACCCUUCAGUAAUGAGUACAAUAUUAAAGUUGAGUGAGGCCUUAAACUACUGUUAAAAUUAACCCUUAAACUCCCAAGAUCUCAUCGGUAAUUCUCCUUACUGUCUACCAUACAGUUCUUGUGAUGUUAGUUUGGAGAAUUUAGUAUUGGAUCAACUUAUACUCCCCUAAUCGAUAUAAUUGUUCUUUAUUCUCAUCACUCGUCUGCUUGAUAUUGUACUGAUAUUGUAUGGAGAAAUUCUGUCUCGGUCACUUAUGGGAGUUAAAGGGUUAAAAGGGUCUCGAUACUCGACUCGAGCCUCGAAGUUAUCGAGAAUCGAAGAUCGAGGUUCGAGGGAAUGUCACUUUUUAGCGGUAUUGUUACUAAAACAUAUGCUAAUGUUCUCACCACGUUUUGUAUCUUCUAAACAGUAAUGCACAGAAACACCUACACAGUGUUUAUUUGUUGUGCAUGAUAAAGGAACUAGGAAAUAUGAUGUUGUUUCGGAGUCUCCUUUUUUGAGUGAUCAAUUAAAGAUCAGAUUUCUAAACCACUCCGUCUCACCUGUCUCUUCCCCCACCCCCUCCCUCUAUCAAGGAAAUCGGGGGAUCCCAGAGUCUAAUCUUUAAACUUUUUUAUUGGCGCUGUUCAGGUACUGCUGUGGGUUUAGUGAUUUAUACUGGGUCCGAGACAAGAAGCGUGAUGAAUACCUCAAACCCCGCGACAAAGGUAGGUUAGGCGCGAUAUGGAUAUUUGUUUGUGCAGUAAUUUGAAGCUGGGAUUAAUAGUCAUUCUUGGAUGUUUGAGAGGAUUCCAAGGGUUUGACCUGGAAUUUGAUAAUUUUUAAGGUACUGCUUUUUUUUCCCUUUCAGGUUGGGCUUAUUGAUAAGGAAGUAAAUAAUCUGACCAAACUGUUGUUUGUGGCUACUGUCAGCCUUUCCUUCGUCAUGGUAUCAGUUAAGGUACUAUUAAAACUGAAAAACUACACGAAAUUUUACACUCACUUAUAAAACGUAUUUUUGAUCUCUUUUAUUUAUCGAAUGAGUCAGAAAAGAACUCAAUAACCUGCACUCGACCUACCCCAGUCAACGGUCAGAUUUCGAGGAAGUCUGAGACGUUUAACAUAAUGAAUACAGUCUUUAAUACAGACGAUGUUAACUAACAGCUUUGUUUUCUCGAAUAGGGCUACAAUGGACCUUGGUAUCGCUAUUUCGUGCGUUUCAUCUUGUUGUUUUCCUACAUAAUUCCGUUAAGGUAAGUCAACUUGGUAUCGUCCUCUCCUUUUAGAAUCUCGACUGAUCGCGUGAAAUCAAACGCAAAAUACUCAAAUCCCGCAACGGUGCAUGGAAAUAUUGUAAGGAGCCAAUCAAAACUCGAGAUAAGUACACGUAACCAGCCUCUAACAGAGAAAAGUGCGUAUAAUCAUUUUGUGGUUGGUUUUUGUGAGCGUCAGAUUAGUUGUGUGAAUGGCAAAUUAUUCUACAGAGCCAAUCGCAAAGCGCUGAAGAGAAGCAAAGCCAGUGCAUUCCGGGAUAAUUUCCUAUACUCCAGUUGAUAACUGCUUCGUUAUCAAAAGAGGUCGCUGAUAUGAAGUCCUUCAUGCAAACCCUUUCUAUCCAUGGCUUUUUGCGUAACUAAGUUACUUUUUCCUUUUUUUUCUAUCUCGUAGUCUCCGUGUCAGUCUGGACUUGGGUAAAGUUGUAUACUCGUGGAUGAUGAUGCACGACAAAGACAUCCCCGGGACAGUCGUGCGUAGCAGCACAAUCCCAGAGGAACUGGGGCGAAUAGGCUACCUAUUGUCUGAUAAGACAGGAACGCUGACUGAAAAUGAAAUGGUAUUGUUAUUUUUUACGCUACUUUAUUUCGGUUUUUUUUUCUUUUUAAUACAGUGCCGUAAAGGUUAGCGGACAGGACUCAGGAAUAAAUCUAGCCCUGGUCGGCUCAUUUUGUUGUGGCUUUAGGCGAGAUACUUUCCUCUCACAUUGUAUCGUAGAGUCUCGCCUUUGUUUUUCAAUCUGAUCGAAGAGGGGUGGUAAAAGCGUAAAAGCGGUAAAAGCAUGCGUUGCCGGUUGUGCAAACGAAAUGGUGCCUUUGAGAAAUAUAUCCCUCGCUAAGCACUCGAAUCAGUUUUCCCCUUUCGCUCCCCUUUUGCACGCUAGCCGCGCAGAAGAAAACAUAAAACUGAUGAUCAUUUGUUCCAAUGAAUUUACAAGCUUACUGAAUAUUUUACUUUAUUUAACAGGUUUUCAAACGUCUUCACUUGGGAACAGUAUCGUUUGGCACAGAUUCUAUGGAAGAGGUACACUGAACUCGAUUAACUGUCCUAGGGAAGACUGACACUAAAUCGUACUGAUGACGUAUGCUGUGUUGCAGGUUACAAGCCAUGUGAAGACUUCUUAUGCACGCAGUAGUGGACCCACGUCCAAAAAACCUGUGCAAGGAGCGAAGGUUUGUUCUAUUGCCCUUCCUAGCAAAUGUAUUCCAUUUGUUCUCGGGUCUGAUCAGCUCUACAUUAAAAAUAAAUGAAAAGAAGGUUACAAAAAAAGAGUAAUACUGGUUUUUAACAGUGGAAGCGCGUAAUUUGAAGUACUUUUUAAAGCCCAAGGCCAAAAAUAGUCAGCUACCUGCUUCAGGUGAUAUUUUCGUCUCCGAUUCACAUCCAACGUGUAUCUACGGUAAGUUAUAUGUGUUCAUUCCUCUGCACCUUAAUAUCAACAACAUAUUUAGCUUGAACGUGUUUCUUCGGAAGCGAAAACCUACAGCAGCUAAACGUCAAUAUCCUCUUAAAUUCUGAUCUGAAUUCCUGGUUCAUGGCACCGUAUAUGACAGGGUUAAUGCAGGACGAGAGUCCUACAGACACGGUGUAAAUCAGAUAAACGUAUCUCGGAAAAUAGAAUUGUCCCUUGAAAGCUCCUACGGUGUCUAUGAUUACAAAUGGCGUCCAACAAGCAGCGAAGCUCAGCAAAAUGACGAAAAGAAGUUUAGCUAGUUUCACCUCGUUCACGCCGAACUUUCUAGCUCCUGGAGCACUCAUUCGUGUCAACAGUUUUCCCCAUAUGCUAUUAUGCUGUCUUACUGUGCGGAAAACCUUGUAAUAGCAUACUGCGGUCACCCCAAAUGGAAGCACCGAGAAGCCGAUAAUAGUCGCGACGGCGUAAUAAAUGUUAAGGUCGUCCAGGUCAUAAAAACAAAACGCUUUUCCGGGGAGAAAUACGAAUCGGUGUCCAGUUGCAAGGUAAGGGAUAGGCGUUAUGAUAGCCAGUGCCCACGCUGCAACGAUACUUCGCAAAGCAUUUUUAGAGCUGAAGUAUUUCGGAUAAUCUGUUACUCGAACAAUUCUAACGUAUCGGUUGACAGCUGUGAGUGUGAUUGUCAGCAGCGACGCGACACCAAGCACAGAGCCAGUAUAGCCAUGAUAUUGACAGAUAGCCUCCCCAAAUACAAAGUCGCCCGCUAUCAACGUGACCAAGGUCAGCGGCAUUUUCAGCGACAUCAGCAUGUCUGCGAUCGAGAGUGAGGCAAUGUAAUAGUUUGGUACCGUUCGCAGUUUCGAGUUUUUUAUGAUUGCCAAGAAAACCAUAAAGUUUCCAAAGAAAGCCACAAGGAUGAGAACUGCGUAGAUAGAGCAUUCGGCUAUCUUUAGUGAAAGUUCUCGGCUAGAGAGCUCCAUGGCCAGAAUUUGUUCCCUCGAUGUAGAAUUGAUUGCCAUGCUUUAUAACUGACUGGAAAUGAUGAAAUGAUCCCAGCCGAUGACCUGACUGCUCCGUUGUUUGGAGCUCUGAGUUUUCGUAGGCGAUUUCCUCGUCUCUCUGCUCAGUAUGUAGCAAGGAUACCUGUUGGUAACAAAAAGAAAAGUAGAGAAUUCCGAAUUCUCUACAUUUAGCCCUAUUUUGGUUAUCGCUCGACUUUGAGCCAAGUUUUGUGCGGUGUGAAUUUCAGAGAAACGUAUUGCAUAAGAAUGGAGGUAUUCAGUACUUGAUUUCAGAGUAAUCUACUGGAAUCUGUUACACGACGAGCCAAAACAAUUUUGUUAUCUGUUAAUUCGCCAAAGCGAGGGAUCACUUCCGAAAUUGCCAUCAAAUAAGUAUGACAUUCGAGUAAAUCAAUUUUCGAGGUUAAUGCAAAGCGAAAGACUACUUAUAAACUAAAUAAAUUACGGACAAUAACGUUAUCUACAAAUAGGGCAAGUUGAAUUCUCAAAAGUAUUUUUAACGUAUAUUUCUUAGCUAAAUUUGUGGAAAAGGUUCCUCAAACCUACCUUACGUAAUCAGAAGUAGAAGAAUCCUGUUGUCGAGAGAUGAUGUUGCUAUAACCUCACAUGACUUGUGAUUUAUGAAAUAUAUCAUUUGAUUGUUAUGCACGAGUGAAUCUACACAGAUUAUUUAUUAUAUUAUUUUAGUCGUUCACUAUUUAUAAUUCAAAGCGAACACAAUUUAUAUUGAGAUGUGAAAUGAAUAUCUUUGUCCAUCGCGUGAGACUGAAUUAUAAAUUUGCGACCGAAUGAUAUCUUUCUGUCUUAUAUACUAAAGGUUCUUACAAUUUACGUUUUUAGCCCUUUUUUUGAACGCGAAUGGCGUUUUUCUUAUUAUCAACCUUUUUACCUGUUGAAAGAAGCAAUAUCUGAACGAGAUCAUGCGGUGCAGUGAUCUGUAAGCUCUCCUUUUGUUCAGUUAUAGAAACUAUUCAAAACGAAACAAAGGCAUUCAUCUUCUAGGUGGUCUGCCGACAGAUCAAAGACCUUAACGACGAUUUACAACAUAUUUGAUAUGACAUUGAUUAAAAAUAUUGAAUGCCAUUUAUUGCUAUUGUGAGAAAUAUAGAUAUAUAUAUAUAGAAAGAAAUAUGGAGUGAUGUAUUAUCUCUUAAAAUGAAAACUUUCGUUUAAGUCUUUUUUAUUUCCUUGGUAGUUGUACAUUCUGUGUUUUUGAAAUCGAAAAAAGAAGGAACGACAAAAAGGGUUGGUUUAGUUUAGAAAAAAAACUGUCAAUAAUUUUUAUCUUCCUGUAAAAGAAGAGAAAAUUUUGAAGAAUUUAAGGUAUUGAACAUCUCUUUAGAAUGUAACCACACACUGCAAAGAUGCGACAGGACAACGGAAGUUCACAACACUAACUAGCCAUCAUGUCCGUAAUUUAUUUAGUUUAUAAGUAGUCUUUCGCUUUGCAUUAACCUCGAAAAUUGAUUUACUCGAAUGUCAUACUUAUUUGAUGGCAAUUUCGGAAGUGAUCCCUCGCUUUGGCGAAUUAACAGAUAACAAAAUUGUUUUGGCUCGUCGUGUAACAGAUUCCAGUAGAUUAUUCUGAAAUCAAGUACUGAAUACCUCCAUUCUUAUGCAAUACGUUUCUGUCUGUUCUCAGCCGUUACGCUUCUCUCGUGGCAUCUACGCUAAGAGAAAUAUAAUACCAUCUGGCAUUUAGGUUUGUAAUACUUUUGCGAAGAUUUCUGACCUAAAAGAGAUGUUUUUGUAUUUUCUGAGACAGUAAUGCCACUACGUCUUGUCCAACGCCAUAAAAGAGAUUGCGCCCCAGUUCCCUCUCGGAUGAUAAGUAUAUUGGUCGAUUCAGAAACAGUUUCAUCGUUUCAGAGAGUUGUUUUGCCUCCUCGGUGAUACUCCACUAUUAUAGGAGAACGAUGAUAGGUGACUCUGUGGUCACCAAUGCACUGCAUGCGUGUGAUUUAUUACGAAACCACUGUAAUUAUAAGAAUUUGAGUAGUUACUCUCCCUUACAGUUGACGUACUAAUUUUCUCGCAAGGUAGUAAAGACAAUUUUGUGCUAUAUCGUUUAAAAAUUCCUAAGCUGAUAUUUUAAGCAGGAGGUUCAAAGUUCCAAGGAGGACCAGAGAAAUUAGAGGAGAUUUGGGCACUAUUGAGGCCUCUUAUCGGAGUACUUUCCAGCAAUUGAAGUUUUCGACAAAAAUUAAUACGGUGAAGAGUUUCAAUUCUAGUGUUCCAAAUUUGUCUGAUGUUUUGAACAGCAGCUUUCCACCGAGUCUUGAGAGAAAACUAGGAGUGCAUUGAUUUUACUCCAUAACUCCGUGAGAGUUUUCUACACCAAUAAUAAAGGCUCUAUCACUGGUGUAGAAAACUCCUACUAACACCCCCCCCCCCUGCCAUCUCAAUCUGGUGUAAAAUUCAAGCCGAUUGCGUUAUGUUCUCUUACUUUUCUGUAUAAUUUCUCUUUCCAGUUCUCUUCUAUCUCCUUUUAAUUUUCUUAGUUUUUUUUUCAUUUAUUUCACUGAUGGAUGACUUGUGAGCAUGCAGUAUUCGUAAUGUAGCCCUCGACCAAGCUAAAGGACUUUGUUUCUCUUUAAGGUGCGUCGCACGGUUGUCACGCGCACUCACGAAGCUGUCAAGGCACUUGCGUUAUGCCACAAUGUCACGCCAGUUACGGACGAGACCGAAAACAACCGCCAGAGUGCUAGAGUGCGUUUGGAUAGCGUGACCAGCGAAGACAGUGACGUAGAUGGAGGGGCUGCUAGGGAUGAAACAGAUGUGAAAUAUCAGGCAUCCAGUCCAGAUGAGGUACAUGACCACUGUAGUUAAAAGUGUAGUUGCAAUGACAAGUGUUUCCUUGUGUAAUGACCAGGUCCAAACUCUGACGAGGCAGUUUUCUAUCAUUGGUACAUAAUGACGAGAUUUUCUCUGCAAAUGACUUGAAAAAAAACUUUGGGCGACUGUUUUUAUAGAAGUUUUAAGGAGUUAUAUUGCCCAGAUUUCCGAGGCAAGAGCACUUUGGGCACUUGGUAAUUCUCCCUGGAGCACAGCGCUAAGAGAAAUUCUAUAUAACGUUGUCAAGUUGCAAGUUGUCACGCAGCGACAAACUUCUCCUUGACAAAGUCGUAUGCAAAGCCGGGAGGAAAACUUGCUAGGCUGAAUCUGGCCUAAUUUCAACUUAAUACAGAUGCGAAAAUAUACAAAAUUUUGAGUUUUAGUUUUUCAUUCGUGUCUUCUAUUUUCCGAAUCUCAGCCGCACCAGAUCAUACUCGUUUAUAACUGCUCCACUAAGAGUUCUUUUUGCUAAUCCUAUUGUUUGUUGGUAGGAUAUGUCAGUUCCCUUUAUCUCCGGGAAACUCAUAGACCUUGUUUUAGAGGAAGUUUUAAUUUUUGCGUCAAUCGUUAAUGACACAGGUUGCCUUGGUUACGUGGACGGAGAGCGUUGGACUGACACUGGUUCAUAGAGAUUUGUCGAGCAUGCACCUGAAGACUCCAUAUGGUCAGAUACUCGUGUUUAACAUCCUGCAGAUUUUUCCAUUCACUUCAGAAACCAAACGGAUGGGUAUUAUUCUCAGGGUAAUAAUAACAACGUUGAUGACUAUGGAUUCGCUACUUUUUUUUUACAACUCUUACUUACCCUUAGAUUGCCCCCUUACUUAAAGUUUUUAACAAUACUGUUUUUCCCACGGCUUGCAAAAUGUCAGUUCUCUUUUUCUUUGCUCUUUCUAUUUAUUGAAAGGUUUUCCAUCACUGACACAUGGUAUGAUUUUGUCGAUGCCGAUGGCAAAAUUAUUAAUAUUGUUUUGUUUUGGCUUCGUUGGGUUACCUUGCCUCGCUGAUAUUUUGCUAAUUAGUUAUUCUUUGGUAUAUUUGUUGUAAACUAAUAAACUGAACUAAUAAUGCUAGCGAUUAAGUUAUGCAUCAGGGCAAAACCAAAAGCUACUUGAAUCAAUUGUUUUAGAUGUCAAAUUGUACAAUUUACCAUCCAGAAUGGAAGAUUUUGUACCAUUUCAUCGUUAACUUCAAAUGGCAUUUGUUGUUCUACAAGCUCAUAAAAACUGUCUCCAUUGUGAAUAGGGCCCACUGCAAUAGGCCAUUUUACAGUUGUGUACGUAGUUGCCAAGCCUUUGAUUUGGAAGGAGGCUGAAGAUGACCUUGUUGUGAUAGAAACCAGUAUCCAGUUAGCACGAUAACAAAUUAUUUGCAAAACAAGGUCAACCUCAGCCUCACUCCUGUUCAAAGGCUUGGCAACCAAGCACACAACAGUAAAAUGGACUAUUUACCGAAUUAAGUUUCAGUUUAUUCUCUGUUGGUGUCCCUGUAGGAUACGGCGACGGGAGAAAUAACAUUCUACAUGAAAGGCGCAGACACAGUCAUGAGUUCCAUUGUACAAUAUAACGACUGGCUUGAAGAGGAGGUACUGUAUAGUAAGGAGCUCCUCGUCAAUUUACACACAGGAGGAAAAGGUUUUGUUUGUAAAAAGGGGCUGUUUAUGUUUCAGUCUUCUUGAGUCACCGUGAUAUGCGAACCUCUCUCUUGACAAACCUCAGGUUUACCACACCUAUUCUUGACCAAAAACACAGCAAUUAGUAACGUUUCUUAAGAGGGUUGGUUUCCUUAUCCUUUACUAACUUGAUUCAUGGGGGACUUGGUUGCCUAAACGCUUGCGCGCUGAAUUCCGGGUGAAAAGGAUUAGGUUUAAGGCCUGGCGUAUCGUGUUGCGUUUUUUUCUUGGACAAAACAAUUUACCUAUUGAAGUUUCUCUCACCGCUCAGGAGUGUAAGUGGGUCUCGGCGAGUUGUUGGAGAAAUCUGAAAAAAUGCAGGGGGUUGGGUAACAUUCGAUGGACAUACUUCCCAUCCAAGAGCAGUUGCAGUAUUAUUGGUCACUCUAUGCCAAGGACACUGGGACGAGCUCCGGUUACUUUGCUACUCAGUCCCUCCGGUUGACCGUUUCACGAGUGUGUCUAACUUUUUGUUUUGGUUCUUCUCAGUGCGGUAACAUGGCACGUGAAGGUCUCAGAACUCUUGUUGUUGCCAAGAAAGUCCUGACUGAAGAACAGUAUCAAGACUUUGAGGUUUGUACCUACAUAUGCUUAUAUGCGACUUAUUACCCUGAAAGGUGUUUUCUUGUUUGCCUUCGUUUUGUGUUUUACUUCCUUGAAGUAUUUUUUAUGGUCUCAAAAUUGCAACCUUACAGUCUCAAGCUUUAGUGCAAUUCAUUUUCUGACGCAGUGUGUUGAAUGUGUUGUUCUCAUUUUUACUCUUCUUAGAAAUGGUUAUAUUUUGAAAUGUUUUCGUUUUUCUUCACAGCACCGAUACAAUCAAGCCAAACUAAACAUUUCUGACCGAGCAUCGAAGGUAAAAUCUAUUUGUAUGCUAAUGUUUCUAUAAGCGACAGUGAUCAUCAGUGCAUGUCAAGUUGAACCUCACCACAACCACCUCCUUCGGGCCAAGGAAAGGGGCUAAGGUAGAGAGGCAGCCAUUAUGGUGCCAAUAUGACACCUGCUUUUAUAAAGGGAUGCAACAUUUUUAUUUUUAACUCUCCUUUUGUUGCGCAGUACGGAUCAAGUCUCAUAACCUUUCACAAUGAAGAAUAGUGGACUUUGUUUUGUCUGCUAGAGCGCGCAAUAUUUGCCAUUGUCGUUGAGUUAUCUGAUUUUGAGGCAAUCGUAUCAAUUUUGCAGGUUAUGGAUGUGCAAAGAAGUUUAGAGCACGACUUAGAGUUACUCUGUUUAACCGGAGUCGAGGAUAAACUGCAGGUAAUAACUUGUAGAGUACAUCGAAAAUUUAAUUAAGAAUUUCGUCAUUUAUUAUUGACAAGCUGUGUCUCUUUUUGAGGUUUUAUUUGAUUGGUCACUUACUCGGUGUUUGAAAGCUAAUGGCCGUUGGUUUUAUUUUGCAGGUUGAUGUUCGUCCUACCCUUGAGAUGCUUCGGAAUGCUGGCGUCAAGGUAACGUGACUUGUAGGAGAAUCAAAGAACUGUCUUACAUCGCUUGACUUGAUCACAGAGAGUUGUUUGUCUAUUCGAACAUCCUCUAGCAUAGAUGUGGGUCUCAAUUGACUUUUAAGACUGCUGAUUCACAGUUCAAAGAUUAUGCCGGGAUAUUAACGUUUGAAACUGGUUAUUCUUAUUUUUAGCAAUUGAAGCGAGCUAAAGCGACUGACUGACUGACUGACAGAAAGAUGGACCAACUGACUGAGUGACUGACUUACUGACCGACAGACAGAACGACUCGGACUGACUGACUGAUAGACCAACUGACUGACUGACUGACUGGUAGAGCGACGGACCAAGUGCCUUUUGAAAAAAUAGUUUUAAACGCAUGCGUUCGUUUCGUAAUUUAUUUUCAGAUAUGGAUGUUAACAGGCGACAAACUGGAGACAGCCACUUGUAUCGCCCAGAGUUCACGGCUUGUAGCGAGAAAUCAAACUAUCUAUACAUUUAAACAGGUUAGUUUGGGAUUUUGCAUUUUCGAGCAUUUUUGAUAGGUUUUGGUUUUUCGAUUUACUGAUGAACCUUGUGAUGUCUACGUGCAUACGAUGGAACCUCUAUUUAGGAAACAUGCACCCUGGGGGCCAAGAAAACUAUGGUAGAGGUUUUCCUUCAAUGACGAGAAGAAACGUAGCGGUUGUACAAUAAAUCUUACAUUCCGCAGUCACCGUUAAGGGUAGAAACAUUCCAUUGACCAGAGGAACACAUUGCUGUUGACAGGACCACAGUGUUUCACCCUUAAAUGGAAUUGUUCCUUGAAUAAAAGUUUCUGUGUAUUCUUUGUGACGCUACUUUUUCUGCUGGUUAAAUUAAAAAUAAUAGCGGAGGAAGAAGCCUCAGGGUAAUUUUAUUUUAUUUUUUUUUUCUGUUUUUAGAUAAGCAAUCGUUCUGAAGCACAUUUGGAGCUAAAUUCAUUAAGGAGAAAGAAUGACUGCGCGUUGAUAAUCAAAGGAGAUUCUUUGGAGGUGAGGUUUUCAUAGCCUCGUUCGGAGAGACUUGAAAGCGAGGCUGAGGAUUUUCACUCAUAUUUCACUCCAGUAAUGACAAAUAUUCUCCACAAAACUCCUCGAGGAAAAUGUUGUGUUCUGCCAUAUGUAAAUUGCGGUUUAUGUAUAACACUGAAGUAUACAAUCUUUGCUUCAACAUCUUGUUCAAUCAAUAAAUCUCUAGAUAUGCUGCAGGGAUGCUGCUAACAGCUCGCAAUCUCCAACUUAGAAGCGCUGUGUUAAAGUCUAUGAGUUUUUUUUUUCACACUCUUUCUGAGGGAAUCCCUCUCAGUAACCAUAAAAUCAUUUUCCGCCAAGAUCUUCUUAUUUCGUCCAGUUUUUUUAUCUUUUAACAUCAGGGACUGAAUGAACUGCACAACAGAAUAUACAACAUAUUAAAUGAAGUGCACAACAGAUUAUACAGCAGAUUAAAUGAAAUGCACAACAGAACAUACCACAGAUCAAAUGAACUGCACAACAGCAUAUACAUCGGAUUAAAUGUGCUGUACGGCGAAAUGGCUCGUUUUUGUUUCCAGAAUAGUUAUAUUUGUAUCAAGCAAACGUCCUUUCUUCUUGAACAGCUUUUUCCAAAACAGAUUUCAACAUAAAAGGGGUUUUGACAUCUUUUCAAAUUUUCAGGUCUGUAUACAUCAUUACGAGCAAGAGUUCAUGGAACUGGCCUGUCAGUGUCCUGUUGUGGUGUGUUGCCGCUGCUCACCUCAACAGAAGGCGGAUAUAGUCAGAUUACUCAAGAAACAUACCGGCAAGAGGACAUGCGCAAUAGGUAAGAGUAUAACCAGUGGUGUAAGAGGUGGAAAGAUUAGUGAGACGUGAACUCGGUAGCCCCUCUGUCUCUUUGAAAUUUCAUACUUUCCUUUGUAAAUUGCCUUUUUUCUGCAACAUCUGGAGAUGUCGUAGACGAUCUCUUUCAACUGCAGAGAACGGUCUUUCAUCUGUUUUAACGGGAAGGGGCUUCACUCUUUUUUCUACAGUAGCUCUCCUUCUGGUACAAAUCUUUAAACUUUGAUUUUCUUAGGCGACGGCGGAAAUGACGUCAGUAUGAUCCAGGCAGCAGAUGCCGGAGUGGGCAUCGAAGGAAAAGUGAGCGAAAUAUUGAUGAUAUAACUUCAAAAUAAAAGUACCUCAGCAUAAAAAGUCGAGGAAUUUGUUUUGUAUGGGAAGAGGGCAAACAUUGCACUGGGAGAGGCUGAAAAUGUUUGAAUUCUCUCCACCAAGCCAUGAGAAAAUAACAUGGAGUUCCACUGAUUAUUGAUAAUUCUUAUUUUUUGUUGUUUGGACCAAUCGUUAUUUUGAUGCCCACAGGAAGGCCGACAAGCCUCUCUUGCAGCGGAUUUCUCCAUUUCACAGUUUAGAUAUGUUGGAAGAUUGUUGGUGUGGCAUGGUCGAAACAGGUAAUCAAAAGGGUUUUGUUUUCUCUACAGCAGGUGUUGAAACUGGAGCUGUAUCAGUUUUGCCUUGCUUCUCUGUGUAGUUUGUUUGGAAUACCAAAUUCAAUUUCUCAAACAAUCCAGAACUGGUCACUAACAAUUUCCCGGGUUUUAGGCUGUUUACUUUGUUUCCUUUAUUUUCUUUUCCUAUUUGUUUUUGUUUGUUUGUUUGUUUGUUUUUGUUUGUUCGUUUGUUUGUGUUGAUAAUUGUGUUGACCUGUUUUUUUCACUUGUAAUUUUCCCUGGCUAUCUCGAAUAUUUGCGCUGACUUACCGUUUUAAUCUUUUGAUCGGCGGUGUGCAGUUUGAAUUUUACCUCUAUCAAUCCAGGAGUGGCCUAAAUCUCCAGUCGUUGUGAAAAUGUACGUAAUAAUUAUUUUUUAUCAAUCAUGAUUUUGUUUUCCCUUGCUUCGUAGUUACAAGCGAUCGGCAGCUCUUAGUCAAUUUGUGAUUCACAGAGGCCUGAUCAUCUCUGUGAUGCAGGUAAAUGAUUACUCGGUGACAUUAAGACAAAUCAAGACACGAUUUCCUUGUAUCGAAAACUUCCGCCUACUCAGCUUUGCUUUAAGAGGUUCUCAGGUCGGUUAAACCUGUGCUCCGUUGUAAGCUUUGACGUAAUAUCGACAGACAACUUUCUCAGACUUCACGCGGACAGUGAAGCAUGAGAGGUCAUCUAGGGACUAGGUUGCCGUUCAAAAUCUGCCUUUUGGUAUAGUGACACUGCAUUUAGUUUCCUCAUCAGAGUUUUUUCAUUUCAAAUCUUGGUAGUGGGAAAAGGCGUGUGAUGGAGUACUCCAAUUGACUUAAUGACGGAAUCUUCUCGUUAAGACUUCUUGUCAUCGAGAGCUGAUGUUUUAAAUAGUAUUAACUUUUUUUUUCCUCUUUAUCUUGCAGGCAGUUUUUUCUAGUGUGUUUUAUUUUGCGUCAGUCUCGCUUUUCUCGGGAUAUUUGAUGAUUGGGUAAGAUUUACUACAAUAGUGCCUGUCAUGCCUGGAAAGCGCUUAUUUUUUAGAGUGUGAACAUUGUUUGCAGCACUGGUUGAAAUUGUUAGGCGUGCAGCAAUUUGUGGGAGGUGUUGAACUGUGGAUCGUUUGGUCCAGGGUGGUGUCCUCGUGCCGCGCGACUCUCUCCAUCUUGAAGUAGUAAUGGAUAAUGGCAACUACUCGGUCAAGCUGACUGAGUACUUGGCGUCUUACCACAGAUUAGUAUCCUCUACGGGGGAGUAGCAGAGCUUUUAGUCGCUCCAUGCUACCAAAAUCUAAGUAAGCUGUGGCGAUUCAUUCCCCUUAACUUCUACGUUGCACCGUUACGUUAAGUUAGGAUGAGUUUCCGCCGGCUAAUCACCUCUUACUCCAAUAGGUACGGUACCAUAUAUACUAUGUUUCCAGUAUUUUCUCUUGUGUUGGACGAAGAUGUCCCAUCUGACAUCGCAUUAAUCUACCCCGAGCUAUACAAGGAUUUAGCAAAGGUUGGUAAAACUAUUAAAUCACAAUCACAGCUUUUCGUUUAUGAUCGGAUAUUGUUGAGGCAAUUUUAUUUUUCGUCUUGGUAUCCAUAGGGAAGGUCACUUUCGUACAAGACUUUCUUUAUUUGGGUUCUGAUCAGUAUAUACCAAGGUAAGUGUAGCUCACUCACGAAUGGAGUCCCCACCGUAACAUAAGGAUAGUCAUUCUUAUUUCUUGACAAAAGUAGAACAGACUCACAUUUUAUAACCUGCGAAAUAAGGUUAGGAAGGAUGGUCGGCAAAGGUAUGACUAGUAGUUUUGUACUUUUGAACCUCAAAAAGGAUGUUUUUCGCACCAGUCAUUCCGUUCAUUCGCAAAAUUCGUUUCGUUACUUACUAAAUCAGCGACACGUUACAUGAUCUCAAAUCCACAUUUGUUACUUGUCCAUCCAAAACAUCUUAACUCUUCUAGUGCCUUUUAGAGCAAGAUAAUUACGCCACUGACUCCUCAAACAAGCGGGACAUUAUGGAGUCUUCCAAAUUAAAAAGUUGGGAAGGGAUAAAAAUGGAUCGAACUUCAAAUUUGUGCCGGAGCACACAAUUACAAAACAUUGCGUGACUACUAAGAGGACGCAACAUUUACUUGUAUACGUGUUACUGGCGAAGUGAAAGUGUUUCGCCGAUGCUAUUCCUAUUGAAGCGCGCCUGAUGACCUCGCUUUGUUUUCUCUGUAGGUGGCAUCAUUAUGUUCGGCGGCAUUCUUCUGUUCGAUCAGGAAUUCAUCCAUGUAGUGACCAUUACCUUCACUGCACUGAUUCUCACCGAGCUGCUGAUGGUGGCGCUUACAAUUCGAACGUGGCAUUGGCUCAUGUUGUUAGCUGAAGUCUUCAGUCUUGCAAUUUACGUUGGGACGCUUGCGAUAUUUAGACGCACCUUUGGUAAGUUUUGUAUCCCUCUUUUCGUACGCAAAAGCUCCUUUUAAUGGGAAACGCGUUGAGUUUUACGGGGAGGGCCUCAGGGACUCUCAUGCUUAUUUGGGAUUGGGUAAGUGCAUUUUCUCUCUCCACUUAAGAGAUAAAUUUUAGCCAGGACAAAGAGAUAAAAAAAGAAGUGAGUAGACAACCUGCUACAGACCACUGGGCCAUCACAUCUUGGGAGAUUCUUGCUGUUUCUUGCUUGAUAAACCGGAAGCUAUGUGAUGUUUGAAACCAUUUAGACAAAAAUCUCAUCGAUGUUCAUGAGUUCUUAUGUUAUCUUGUAUUGCCUGGUUCUCACUCGUCCGUGAGCUCAUUGUAUAAUUUAUUUGGUAAAUUACUUCACGUUCUUUAUUUUUUCCUUUUAGACGAAAAAUUUCUCAUAUCAACUGAAUUUUUGUGGAAAGUGGUGGUCAUCACUUUGGUUAGUUGUUUACCGCUGUACAUUUUGAAGUAUCUCAGGCGCAAGUACGCCCCACCUAGCUACUCAAAGCUGACGAACUAACAAUUGUGACCGAUUUGCAGCUCCUAUAGAGAUUUGAUUGUCCCACAACUGAGUUAAAAUUCGCAAGGUAGACUAAAGGAUUCGGUAGUAAAUUCAAAUGACGUUUAUUGGGCUAUAGAGCAGUAUAGACAUAAGGAUAUAUUUUUGUAAAGUAAAAAAUUAGAGUCACCGGAUAACGCCGGUCGACCUAAACUAGGUCAAAGUAAGAUAGAUGAAAAGGAGAAGGCCAAGUCUUUGUUAUUUUACGAACCAGUGAGACCCCACCCCACCUCGGUUGGGUGGGUAGGGGUACACAUGGGAUUUUCAUACAUGCCCACAUACGCUACAAUGUCGUUUAGUUGUUGCAUGAGAGAUUUAUGAGCAAGGUUUUUUUUGUUAGUGUUUUUCAAACUUGACCUUAAUUUCGCAAGCUCGACAUUUGCAAAUCGGUAGGCGUCUCCUCCAUUAUUUUCCCUUUUGGUUGUCUUACCAAUAUUUGUGGUUUUCUCGACGCAGUUAUUUCUGCUCGUCUAAAUUGUGUGACGUUCCGCCCUCGAGGGGAUGCUUUUCAUUGGGGUGGGGGAGGUAACGCAGGUGAUCCAGGAUUUUCUCCUUUUUUUCCAUUUUCUGCUUCAUCCUCGUCCCUUGUACACUCAAUUUAAAACUCAAGCUGUCACAAAACUUAUUUGUAUAUUUUUGUUGUAAAUUUCACUUAGUAAUACGAAGGUAAAUAAUCGAAAUAUUGUUGCGAAGUUAUUUAAGACUUGUGUAUCACCUUUCAAAGGUAAUCGCUGUUAGAUAGGAACGAAAUUUUGGAAUCUCUGAAUUGAAAGGAUUAGCUUGGUUCAUAAGAAAAGGCCAAUGGUAAAAUUUGGUGGACUAUUUCGUCGAUGUAUCUCUUAAUUUGAUCUUAGUAACAUUCCGAAAAAAGCACAAUAAAACACUUGGAUAAAAAACAGAUCAUCACGUUGUAUUUAAAUUUUUAUUGGCAUCAUAACGGAAUAAAGUAAAUUGAAACC